AUGAGAGUAUCCAGAGUCAGCCAGGAUAGAUGCAGGAUUUUCUAUCAACUGGGUUUUGUGAUUCUGAAACUCUCCAUGUUUCUGGCGCUUUGUAUUAGUAAUCCACUCCAUAUAAAUUCUUAUGUAAAACUUGCAAAUUAUUCAAUGGAAGAAGAUAAACAAGCAGGGCAUUACAAAUGUACUGUUCCAUUUGGACUAGAAGGAAGGCCUGUGUUUGGCGGUCAGAUAUUUUCGCAUAUUAUAGGAUGUGCUCUUAAAGAAACCGCCGGGUAUGAAGUUAUUUCAGGGGACUGUGUUUUUAAAAGCAAGACAGAUCCAGUCCAUCCAAUUGUAUAUAAAAGUAGUGUUGAGCCACUUGGAAAAACGGUUAUGGUUAUUAACAUAGAUGUAAUACAGGAAGUGGAAGGAAAAGAGGAAAUGCGUGCUAUAGGCCACGUACUACUUCAAAAGAAAAAGUCUGCAAUAAUCAGCGAAAAAAAGAAGUAUAUAAAAACAAUUCACAAGAGCCAGAAGAAUUCUCUUUCUGAGUACUUUAAGCCACGUCUUUCUGAUAAAGAAAGGAUUCAAUCCAUGCAGCCGGCAAUUAAAUAUAUGAAGAAAAUUUUAAGGGAUAAAGAAGACUUCAAUAAAUACGUUGAAGUAGCACAUAAAAGAUGUUCUGGUGUGGAUGUUUACAUAUCCCAGCAUAAGACUUGUAAAUUUGCCAGAUGUAUUGGGUAUCAGCUGCACAUGGAAAAGGAAGAAGCCCUGCCUCUUUCAGAAGAAGCGCAUUUAGACCAAGUGUACACCUAUUUGUCUUUCAUUUCAGACGAAUACUUAUUAGAAACUGCACUAACAAGCGUAGGGUUAUGCAUUAUCAAUACAAAAUAUAAUAUUCUUACCCUGUCACACUCUGUCAACUUUAAUAACUGUGAAAAAUUCAACCUAAAAGAGCCCUUCUUCUACACAAUGUGGAUAGACAGUAUACAGAAUAACAUGGCAAGAUGUUCUGGUAUGAUUAUACAGAAUAAAGUGGUCUACGCUAAUAUAAAGCAAAUAGGAAAAAUCAUUCCUCUGUCUAAAAAGUAGAAUUAUCUAAGGCACAACAUUCAAUUGGUCGGACGUAUGCUAAUCAAUA